AUGGGUGAGCUUUUAGGUGCUGGGGUAAAUGAUGUUCGCAUGGUAGGUAUAUGGGGGAUUAGGGGAAUAGGUAAGACAACAAUUGCCAAAGCAGUUUAUAAUUCAAUUGUCCAUCAGUUUGAAGGUAGUUGUUUUCUGGAAAAUGUUAGAGAAAACUCAGCUGCACCUAGAGGCCUGCUCCAACUACAGAAGACUCUUCUUUAUGAGAUUCUAGGGGGAAAAGAAUUGGAGUUGACAAGCGUUGAUAAAGGUAUCAAUGUAAUAAAGCAAAGGUUGAGUCAUAAAAGGGUUCUCUUGAUGCUUGAUGAUGUGGAUCAAUUGGACCAAUUAAACAAAUUAAUUGGAAGGUCUGAUUGGCUUGGUUUGGGUAGUAGAAUUAUCAUAACAACAAGACAUAAGCAUUUGCUAACGUCUCAUCAAGUUGACUUAGUGUAUGAGGUCAAGAAACUAGAUACUUAUGAAGCUUUUGAGCUCUUCAGCUAUAAUGCCUUCGCGGAAAAAGGACUUCCAGAUGAUUAUAAGAACCUUGCAGUAAGUCUAGUAGAUUAUGCUAAGGGGAUCCCAUUAGCUCUCACGGUUACUGGUUCGCUUCUAUGUGGUAGAAGUGUAGAUGAGUGGCGAGCUGUAUUGGAUUGUUACAGAAGAGCACCUUCCCUGGAUACUGAUGAAAUCCUCAAAAUAACUAAAAAUGCUCUAGAACGUCCGGAAGUAUCCGUGGAAACUGCCCUCGUGAGGAUUGAAGAAGAACAUGUUCAAAUGCAUGACUUGCAAGAAGAAAUGCAUAUAGAAACUGCUCGACAGGAUGUUCGUGAGGAUGUUAACAUUGGAACAAUUGAAAUUCAACGCCAAGAAAGUUUGCCUGAGCAACCGGAUGGGAUAUGGUUUAGUGCUAAAAGCUUCUCUAAUAAGGUAUUUUCAGCGGAGUGGAUGUUUUUAAUCGCUAGCGUGAUGCUAGAGAUCUUUUCAGCUAUAUGUGAUCAACUUUCCUCCCCAAGAAAGCCUCUCUAUGCACUCUUUGGCACCCUUUUUGGUACUUUCCCUGAGAUUUGUGGAUUAAUUUAUGCAAUCACUCAGUGGGCGUCCUCCAUGGUUCAGUUUGUGUGCGUGCUUCAGCAUAAGGACAAUCCUUUCAAAGUAAACAUUUUGCCUGUCCUUUUUCUUCUGUGUUUGGUUGUUUCAAAAUUAAUUCGGAAUGUGAGGGGCAGAACAAGAGAGGAGACCAGUGAGAUGGAAUUGGAAUCCAUUGCUGUUGACCCUUGA